UUUUGUGCUCUCAUGGGCCGAGGCCCGAGGGCUUCGAUCAAAUGGCUUAACGUAACUCUUACUCUUAGUACAAUUCCUCGUCUAAUCUAUGAAAAGAACCAAUGGAUCGAUUUACGAAACAAAAAUUUGUCAGAAUGAUGAAAUUGAUCAUGGUAAUUACGUAUGUGUGAGUCUAAGCACGCGUCACAAGGUAAACUUUUUAUCGCGCGUUUGUGCUUUCGAUUAUUUAUCAUCCUCUUGAACGGAUGCUAAAUAGUCCUGCUCUAUACGCGUUACGUAAGAAUUUGAAGCAAAUUGGCAACAUUGUGCUUUGAGUUAUUUUUCGCGCCUAUUUUUUAAAGACACUUUGAAGCCCUGCCAUAAGCGGUGGGCUGAAGAUAGUCGCACAAAGCUGCAUGAAUAUCCUAAAAUGUUCGCAAUUCAUAAUCUGCAGCUCUCUGUAUAGCAGCUGUGCAGUGAGCAGUCUCUCCACUCAUGUGAACCAGAAGUGAGAAGAGAACCCGCAUACUGUAAAAGUUUUAUACCAACAUCGACACAUGCUUGCUACACAACACACAGUAUCAUAUCAGUAGCAUCAAAAUUAGGAUUGGUUGCAUGUGUCAGUUGUCAAAAGUAGAUGGUAUUAAAAUUGUGAUCUAUCCCAUUUGUUCUUCGACGUUAAUUUUUAAUGAAUUUCAAGUGCAAUGACAGAAGAAAUAGUAAAUACCUUUUCAAUUUCACGAAAAAACUCGAACCGCAGCACGUCAUCUAAUGUCAGUCAAGAUAAUAUACGCACGCUGACGUGUCCCAAAAGAACAGAAGGCGAUGGAAUGGAAUUCGUAAAUCCAGAUAAAUUCACUGAUUCCAUAGAUAAAUCCAUUAAAAUAAGACUCGGUGAAGCUCUCAUUUAUCAUCCAACAAAUUUAAAGCAACAGGUUUCCACGCCACCGGUAACACCAACUGGUCAAAUUGUCAAUUUAGUGCCUAAAAAUCACAUAAGAAGAGAUAAACAAAUUUUACAUCCUCUUAAAAUCAAAGAACCCAAAUUUGUACCAUAUGAGCCUUAUAAAGCUGCUGUAAAUCCUAUUGUACCAAUUAAAAAAAUGACUAAGAAAGUAAAAUCGAAAAAAAAUAAUUUAGAUAUAAAUGUCAUGGUAUCACAGUUAGCUCAAUUAAAGACUGAAGAAAUUAAAAAAAAUAGUAUUGAUUUAAAAGCAAAUGCAUCUAUUGAUACUGAGAGUAAUGAAUUCAAUAAACAACUUGAAGAUGAAGUGCAAAGAUUAAAAGAAGAAAAUACUCAAUUAGAAAAUCAACUAAAAUUUCAGGCUCAGGUGAAUGGCGAACUAAAAAAUUUACUUGUAGCUGCAGUUGGUGAAGAUUUACAGACUAGAGUAAACUUACUCACAGAAGAUAAAUUGCAGUUAGCACAAGCUCUUUUGAAUUCUGCAAAACACUUAAGCACUCAUCAGGAACAAACAGAAUGGUUGGCAGGCCAAUGUGAGGUAUGGAGAAGUAAAUUUUUAGCUAGCAGUUUAAUGGUAGAAGAACUUGCUAAGUGGAAAGCAGCAUUGCAUCAAAGAACGUCUGAAUUGAAUGGAAUAAUUGGAAAAUUACUUGAAGAACAUAGCUCUGUUAGAGACACUAGUCUGAAAACUUUUAGAAAUUUGAGUAUUUUAAGAGAAAAUUUUGAUCCGAUUGGAGCUGCUAGAGGUCCGGAACUUUCAAGUACAAAUGUUAUGGAUUUAACAAACAAGUGUCAACAAUUAUCAGAAUCACUGAAAACUCAAUUAUUAAGUGGUAUGGAAAAUAUUAUUCUUAAAAAAGAAGUAAAUACAGAUGGACUAGAAACUAAAACAAUAAGUGAAAAAAAGGCAGAACAGCUAUUGCAAACUCCUGCCUUGCUCAUGUCUUGUUAUCAAGAUGUAGCAUGUAGUGCAGUAAUGGGUGCAGCAACUGCAGUUGGCAGUCGUAAGUUUUCAAAUGCGUGUAACAAUCCUGAAAUGUGUUCAGUGCCUGGUUUUGCUUGCUGUGGUCAAUGCACUGGGGAAAUUAAGCAAAUUUAAUGAAAUAAAAAUUCCUGCAAGUCUUCCUUUGAAAGAAAAAAUUUUUUUCAAGAUUUGUGAAUUUUCAUCAGAUAAAAAAUUAUUUUUAUAAUUUUAUCAAUUAUUACUUAAAAUAGUAAUGAUAAAUUGCUAUAUACACAAGAAGAGCUUGCUGCAGUACCUCUUCUGAUGAACUUUCCAGAUGAAAUGCAAAACGAUGUGCUGCAUAAAUAUAUUCUAGGCAUGGUUGAUU